AUGAACCAUUUACGUUUAUUAAAAGAGCAUAGUGCCAAUCCUCUUGAUAAUUAUGUCAUAGGUGUCAAUUUUAAGUUAUAUAGAAUAGUCCAUUGGUAAGGGAGCCUUUGGGAAAGUUUACCGAGGUCUUCAUAGACCUACUCAAUAGAAAGUGGCUAUAAAAAUACUUGAAAAAAGUAGAAUAGAAUAACCAUCAGAUUUUACACGCAUCUAACGUGAGAUUCAUAUAUUACGCAAAUUACGUCACCCAAAUAUAAUCUAAUUAUAUGAGAUUCUAGAAUCAGAAUCCAAAAUAUAUUUGAUUAUGGAAUAUGUAAGUGGUGGUGAACUAUUUCAACAUAUUGUUAAAAAUAAGAAAUUAUCAGAAUAAGAUGCAGCUGCUUUCUUUUCUUAAAUUAUUGAAGCCAUUGAAUAUUUACAUUCCAUUAAAGUAGCUCAUCGUGAUCUUAAACCUGAAAAUCUACUAAUUGAAAAAGACAUUCUUAAAGUUGUUGAUUUUGGUUUAAGUAAUAUAUAUACUGAUCUUCUAAAUACUCCUUGUGGAUCACCAUGUUAUGCAGCUCCAGAAAUGGUUUCUGGUCAAUAAUAUUAAGGAAUCAAAACUGAUAUUUGGGCUAGUGGAGUUAUACUUUAUGCAAUGAUUUGUGGUUGUGUACCUUUUGAAGAUCCAAAUACAAGAAAAUUGUAUGAAAAAAUUAAAUAUUCUGAUUUUGAACGUCCAUCCUAUUUAAGUGCAUAAGUAAUAGAUCUUCUAAAUGGAUUACUUCAUAAGAAUCCAUAAAAUAGAUUAUCUAUAGCUAAGAUAAAGAUGCAUCCAUUUAUAAGGUACAUUAUUAUAAAUCUAUUGUUUUAAGCAAUUAUUCAUAUUCAAUACCUUUAUUUAAGACAUUGGCCAUAAAUAUUGAAAUUGUUAAAUAAUUAGAAACAGUUGGUAUUGACAGUCAAAUAUGUAGAGAGAUGAUUCUAAAUAAUAAACAUAAUGCAAUCACUACAACAUAUCAUCUCCUAAAUAAAAAUUAGAAACCUUAAUUAUAAUAAAUUUAAAGAGUUCGAACUCAUUAAAGCAUAAAAUCAGUUGUUGAAAGACCUAAUUAAUCAACAGAGCGUCGUCCUAAUUCUAGUACUCAUCAUAAAAAAACAAAAUCUUAAGAAAAUAAUUAUUAAAGUGUUAUGUAGAUUAAUAAAGGAUUUGAAAAUAGAAUAUCAGAAAGACCUAAAUCUACAGAAAGAAGGAUAUGUACAGAAAGUGAUCGAAGAGAAAAAAAUAAAACACAUCAUGAAUUAAAGGAGAACAAUAUUAUACGUAAAUCACAUGCCUCAAAACCAAGCAAAUCCCCUGUUAUGUAUUUAGAAUAUAAAUUAAAAACAACCAGAAUGAUGUGA